CCUAUAUUUUUCCGAUGUUUAAUUAUAUAUUUUUUAUUCAAUUUAAUAUACGCUAGGCGACAUAAGCAUUAUUUUGAUACAUCAAAUAAAUUCAAUGAAACUGAAGAAGCAUUAAAAUUUUUAGACGGCGAUGCCUUAAGUCCCGUGGAACAGACGUUCCGGUCCAAGGAGAGAGUAGUGAUCCAAGUGUUCUACGAAUCUUUAAGUCCAGAAUGUAAAAAUUUUCACAAGCACAUUUUAAUGCCUGUUGUACAAAUAUUAAAUAAAAAUAUAAGGGUUAUGACUUAUCCAUUCGGAAACGCGCAAGUAGUAAAUAAUCAAGGGCAUACGGAGUUCAAAUGCCAGCACGGUCCCGAGGAGUGUUACGGCAACAAGCUGCACGCCUGCACCCUUGCUCUGAUGGGCAACAGGACUCAAGCUUUGGUAUUUAACACUUGUAUGAUGAGCCUUAAAGGUGGCAGUCAUGGCUCCGACGACCAUUCCGCUGAUGUAUGUGGCAAAACAUACAAAGUGGAUACUGAAUCGAUAAAAGAGUGUGCUAAAUCAAGUACAGGUGAUGAACUUUUUAAAUUCUUCGGUGACGAAAGUACAAAGGUGAAUUAUAAAAACGUGCCGUACGUCUUAAUCAACGGGCGCCCGUGCAAAGGUGAUAAUUUAAUGCGCAACGUAUGCGCCGCCUUCAGCAAGCCUCCUGCCGCCUGCCUCAAGCUGCACUGAACGAACGAGUUAUAUGUACAAAUAAUUACUAAAUAUGAAUAUACGUAUUAUUACAUUAUUUUAAACUA